CACUUUUAUUGGUCUCAUUCCUCUAUCAAUCGCAUAGUUUGACAACCAGCGUUAUAAAUACACCCAUCAACGCCUCAUGAUUUAUUUCUGGAGUGACUGAACGUGUUAUAUAUUUUAAAUCGACAAAGUGAAAUAACCAGCGGAAAUGGCCAGAGGUCAAGAUGUCAAUAAGGAGCUCUCAGAUGUACUGAAUGAGCUGUGGAGGUUAGAUGUGAACCGCAUGAAACCCGGAGUAGACUACAAAAUCAACCUACAGGGGAAAGCUGGCUUUGUUUCGGGGGGCAGGAAUAAUGCCAGGGACAGCGCUAGAGUUCCUCUCUUCUCUUACGUCAAUGAAGACAAGCUCAAAAGCAUUGAUACUUAUGCCUACUUCAUAAAUCUGCUGGACAAUUAUGAGAUGGCUACAGGAGUUGCUGAGCAGGUGACAGAAGAUGAAAUUCAAGAGAACCAUCUUUUCCUGGAUGCCAUUCUGAAGACCAAAGUCAUGAAGUGUGCACACAAGUAUUUAGUACGCAAAGGUCGGGCCCAGUCGGACCCAGCUCAGUUUAAGAGCCAGCUCUAUGACAUCUGGUUCAAACUCUAUCGCAGAGCCAAAAGUGGAGGUGAAGAUUCCUGUGGAUUUGAGCAUGUGUUUAUUGGCGAAACCAAGCAUGGUACAGAGAUCAUGGGUCUCCAUAACUGGGUCCAGUUUUACAAACAGGAGAAAAAAAAACAUGUGGACUACAAAGGAUACAAUGCCAGAGAUAAUAAAGAUACGCCAGAUGAGGAUGAUCACUUGUUAAACCUGCAGUUCAGCAGUAAUGGCCUGGUGAAGCCAUUGAGCAGCUGUUUCAUUGGUGUCAGUCCAGAGUUUGAGAUGGCCCUCUUUACUAUCGUCUUCUUUCUGUCUGACAAGCAAAUGACAACCGUUAAGGUGAAGGUGGACGAGUACCUGCUAGAGAUUGUGGUGUGCAGAUUUGGGCACUCCAUCGGAACAUCAUACCCCAAAAUGAUCAGCAACAACGACCAGGACCGUUAGAUCACACAGCAAUGUCAUGUCUUAUUGUUUUGGAAAUAAUGGGCUAAGUUUGACUACCACUAUUGCUGACAGUUGCUUAUGAGGUUAAAAAUCCUAAACCCUUGAAAUAAUAUCUUAAAAAUGUGUUUAAAAAUUGUCAUAUCACAAAUGAUUUUUUUCAAAGUUGGAAUAAAAUGCUGAGCAAUGCAUUUUGUUUUUAAUCUGGUCUAUACCCCUAUUAAAACUUUACAUGGCUAGACAUAAUAUGCAAAAAAAAAAAAAAAAAAAAAAGAUGGCAUCUCUGUUUGCAUAUAUAUAUAAUUAUAAUUAUGCUGGUACAAUUUAACUGGUUGAUAAGAAUGAUUAUGCUGCAAUGCUUUAGUCUAUUUGAAUACUUUAAUAAGUAGUUAAAUAUACUUAUAGUUAAAUGUGUAGUUCAUAACCAAAAUCACUCUUCUGCUUAUUUCUUCAGCCUUAUAGACUUAUAGAAGACAAUGUCAUGGCAUCUAAGUUACACUUCUGUUACUUAUGCUUGGGUCUCUAUUUUAUGAAAGAUAAUUUAGCUUUUGUAUGAUGAAAACAUCGUAGUUGGAACAUAUAUAUUUUGAAGUAUAUACUGUACCAAAAAAGCCUUACUGGGGUUGUAAUACAUGUGUUUUUGAAUUGUGGCAAAUACAUAUGUGCCUUAUGUUUGUUUGAAUAAAAACACUUUAUAAUGUC